GGUUUUUAUGCUCCUCACUUUCUUCUUCUCAUCUCAUCACUUUCGAUACCCAUUUUCCCCUUUCUAUGUGGUUCUGCGUUUCUCAGAUUGGUGGUUAUUUUGGUUAAAUCUUAAAUUAAAAAAGCACCAAUAAUGGCAAAGAAGAAGAAUCCCCAUGUGUAUAUGGAUGUUUCUAUAGAUGGAGAUCCAGUUGAGAGGAUGGUUUUCGAGCUCUUCUAUGACAUUGCUCCAAAGACUGCAGAAAAUUUUCGUGCACUGUGUACAGGAGAAAAAGGAGUUAGCCCAAAUACUGGGAAAUCACUACACUACAAGGGUUCUUUCUUCCAUUACAUUCUGAAAGGCUCUAUUGUGCGGGGUGGCGAUUUUGUCAAUCGAAACGGGACUGGUGGGGAAAGCAUAUAUGGUUCAAAGUUUCCAGAUGAGUCACCUAGGCUGAAGCAUGAUUCUUCGGGCCUUCUAUCAAUGGCAAUUGCUGAUCGCGAAACACUGGGUUCUCAUUUUAUCAUCACUUUAAAAGCGGAUCACCAUCUUGAUAGAAAGCAUGUAGUCUUUGGCAAGCUUGUCCAUGGGCAUAAUGUGUUGAAGAAAAUUGAAGACACAGGUGAUGAAGAAGGGCAUCCAACUGUGACCGUUAAAAUAAUUAAUUGUGGUGAAUUCAAUGACGAUGGAAAGAAGAUAAAUAAAUCUGAAGCCAAUAGUCAAGAAGUGCAGCGUAAGGGAAAGCACAAAAAAUCUUCAAGAGACCGAAGAAAAAGGAGAAAAUACUCCUCAUCAGAUUCUGAGAGUUCUGAUUCGGACAUGGAAUCUUCGGAAAGUGAUAGUGAUUCUGAGUCGGAUGGUUCUUCAUCAUCUUAUGUAAGUUCCUCUAGUGAUGACAGGCGAAGGAAGAGAAAGAGGUCUUCGAGGAAGGAUAAACAUAGACGUGGAAAGCGAAGAGAUAAACGCCGAGAUAAGAGGCGCAGGAAGCGUGACAAGAAGUCAAAACGUAGAUCAAAACGGGAUUCUGGUAGUCUAACUGAUUCGGAUAGUGGAACUAAGAGUGGCAAUAGCCCUGAUAGCAGAAGUCAAGCUGAUGGGAAAGAUCUGAAGCAUAAAGAUCAUGGGCAGAAAAAUGCUGAAGAUCAGUCUCCAUUAAAUGUGGAGAAUGAAUUGCCUCUUGCACAUCGGAAAAAGCGGGAGGAACUGGAUAUGCCAGAGGAAGAAUUUCCGAAGGAGAAUGGAGCACGGCGCAGCAAUGGCAUAGGAACCAACCAUCGAUCUGACAGAAGUGAAGAAAGGCAACCUGAUGUGGUUGAUGAUCAUCCAGGGAAAUCUAGGAGUCGAAGCAUGAGUCCUAAGCGAGCUGUGAGUAAGAGUAUGAGUAUUAGUCCCAGGGGUGGAAAAAGAAGCCCAAGCCCAAGUCCAGACAGGAGUUUGAGCAGAAGUCCAAGUCGUAGUAGAAGCCCUCCUGCUCCAUCAAGGCGGAGUUUGAGCAGGAGUCCUGCUAGAAGCAUAAGCAGAAGUCCUGUUAGAAGGACAAGCAGAAGUCCAGACCGAAGCAUCAUUAGAAGCCCAGUGAGGGGUAGGAAGGGGAGAAGUGUCAGCAGAAGCCCCAUGAGAACUCGCAAUCAUAGAAGUAUCAGUAGAAGCUCUGGGAGAAUCCGUGAUCGCAGUGUUAGUAGAAGUCCUGUGAGAGCCCGUGAUCGCAGAAGUAUCAGUAGAAGCCCUGUGAGAGCUCGUGAUCGUGGAAGUGUCAGCCGAAGCCCUGUGAGAUCCCAUUCUCGCAGUCAUCGGAGCAGGAGUUCUCCCAGACCACCAUCAAGAAGAACAAUCAGUAGGAGCCCUGUGCGAGUGUCAAGAAAGAGCAUAAGCCGAAGUCCAGUUAGGUCCUCUGCCAGAAGCUUGAGUAGAAGCUCUGGGAGGGUUCCUUUGAGAAGCAUUAGUAGAAGCCCUGUCAGAGCCCCAAGUAGAAGUGAUCGCCGCAGCUAUUCUAGGAGUCGCAGCCCUGUCCGUAGGACAAGGACACCUCGUGGUAGGAGCAUUUCGAGAAGCGUCUCACCUGAUGCUUCACCAAAGCGUAUCAGAAGGGGAAGAGGUUUUAGUGAACGAUAUUCUUAUGCCAGAAGGUAUAGAACCCCUUCUCGUUCUCCUGUGAGGUCAUACCGCUACAAUGGAAGAAGUGACCGUGACAGAUACACAAGUUAUAGGAGGUAUUCCCCCAGGCGAUACAGGAGCCCACCACCACGUGCAAGAUCUCCUCCAAGAUACCGAGGCAGGAGGAGCAGGACACCUUUAUCACGCAGCCCUCGUUAUCGCAGUCGACGAUAUAGCAGAAGCCGUAGCCCUGUUCGUAGCCGUUCACCAGUUGAACCAUAUCGAGCUCGUGUCUCUCCUCGUGCAGAGAGGCGCAUGUCCUCAUCUCGGAGCAGGAGUCCGUCACGAUCGAGGUCUUCUGUAGAAUCACAAUCUCCACGAAAAGCAAGCGGAGUCAACAGGUCAAGGUCGUCAUCCGGAAGCCCAAAUGGAAAGAAAGGCCUAGUCUCGUAUGAAGAUGGUUCUCCUGACUCAAGCCCGAGGUAAAAAAUCAGUGAUUGGGUGUAUGGAAGCUGAUUGAUAGUUAUGUUUUGCCAGCUGGAGGCUUCAAUUCUCAAACAUCUCUACUUGCUUGCUGGAAUUUAUGAAUGCUACGUUUCCUCUUUCUAAACCACCAUUUAGGUUUUCCUUGUAGUCUGUUUCAGUUUUAAUUGAAUUUGACAUGGGAUAAUAGUAGUACUAGAAUAAUGAAGUUGAGAGUGCAGUUUUAGUUGGGACCGGGGCCUUUAUACAUUGAUGAGUGAUGACCCCGAAUGAGUUGGAGACUGUUGCAUGAUGAGUUGAAUUUUAUCGAAGUUAUGGCCUAUCCUAUAUUUCUGGGUUUGGGGGUUAAACCUAAUUUUGGGGUAAAACUGUUGGUUGCCAUUUCUACUGUAUUUUGUUAGAAAAUAGUUGACUGUUAUUGAAAAAAAAAAUUAUCUGUACUGUUUGAUGGAAAA